CAAGGAAAGCGAAUCGAUUUGCAACGUUCGCGAUGCCUGCUUUACCGACUUGGAGGUCUCUAGCGAUGUUCGCGGCGCGACGUUGGCGUCACUGCCAUUCAAAAUGUUUUGAAUGCAACAAUGGUAACGAGUGUGGAGUAACCGUAUAACCGGUCCGCGUGCCAAUGCUGUCAAAUUAGUCGAUUUAAGUUGUUAUUUACUCAAGCCCGUUCGUGAGUGCGAUGGAUACGUUGGGACUUGAGUGCAAUCUGCUCGACGUCUUCCAGAAUGAUGACCACACUAUCGUGAAUAAAUGGAUCUCGUCGUGUCGGGAGUUUCGGCUGUCCGUGGACGCCAGGAUCGAGCAGGCGUUUCUCCGCGAAAAGGACUGCAGUAAGAAGAAAUCUGUCAACACCGGUAAAAUAUCAGAGCUGCAACAGGAAAUUGGCAUGACAAAGUCUGACAUAGAUGCUGUCAUAUUGGAGCAGAAAGUGACUGACAGAAAGAUAUCGAAUGCAAUAAAGUUGCAGGAGAAUCUGAAGGACGAGUUGGAAAAGGCGAAAGUGCAGAGAGAAACCUUGUCGUUGGAGAUGGUGGACCUACAGCUCGAAUUAGAAGAAAGGAAGAGAAAGAAAAUCUUACAAUGGGAUGCCAUUAAGCGCGCAUGCAACAUCUACAAAGUAAAUUUGGACAUACAUCUAAGCCUUCAAGAGGAACAGGAUUGUGAACGUGUAAAGUUUUCCUUUUUCAUGCACAACGAGGCGACAAAGGAUAAAUACUUUGUCCAAUUGUCACGCAGCGACAAUCACUGGACAGUCGAGCAAAUUGAACCGAGACUGAAGAAAGAGCAUCUCAAAGAGCUGAGCACUAUAAAAGAUUUUUCCGAUUGUUCCAAAGUGUCCGACAUCACCUUGUUUCUGUACCAGGUACGAAGUGUAUUUCUGAAGUAUUACAUAAAAACGAGAAAAAAACUGUAAAACGGUUAAC